AAGCAGCGCAGAACCUUCGGCCAUGGCUUACGCCCCGAAAUAUGACGGCUUUGGAGGAGGAUGGGGAACCGUCAUCGGCGGCAACACCGCAAACCCCAGCAGCUCGGGUACUGCCACGGCCAUGGGGACCAUGCAGACAGCGGCCUUGCCAACGCAGGCUUUGGGAAGCGUCCAAGGAGCAGCCUUUCAGAGGCAGAACUUUGGUAACACCGCUGCCAUGGCCACACAGAACAUUGCAGACAUGCAGUUUCAAACCGUGGCUCCGGAUGUGAUGAAAACACAACCGGCUGGAACCUAUGCGGCCAACACUUACGAUCCAAUGGCUACAAGAGCACCGCAGACGCAAGCUGAUGCUUACAGUUACGGUGGAUCGGGCUAUGGUGGAUCGGGCUGUGGCCGACCCAGUGCCUAUGGCACCCAGAACAUGGCUGGUGGCUGCAGUGGCCCUGGCGGCGGUGGCUAUGGGCCCGGUGGCUAUGACGCCUAUGGUGGCGCUUAUCCCACCCAGGGCACCUAUGGUGGAUCCGGCUAUGGCCAAGCCGGUGCUGCCUAUGGCGGAUCUGGCUGUGGCCAAGCUGCCUACGGUGGAUCUGGCUAUGGCUAUGGAGGGUAUGGCUAUGGUGGCCCUCAACCUGGCUAUGGUGGCUAUGGUGGAGGCUGUGGUGGCGGUUGUGGUGGAGCAGGGUAUGGCAACUAUGGAUAUGGUGGGAGCCAAGGAGUGGCUCCCUAUGCUGGAUAUGACAGGGGCUAUGGAGGUAUGAACGAAAUGGCUGCCACGCAGCAGCUGUCAGCGCAACAGGUUUACAGCCGAGAGGUUCCUGGCUCCUUCGCAGCUCCUGGUGGUCCAGGCUACAGUGCCUACGUUAGCGGCGCUGGCGCUGGCUUUUCUGGGCAUCGGGACCAGAUGCCCAUGGGUCGGAAACCCGGACGCACUCGCAGGAGCAUUUGCUGCUGAGCAGGUGUUGGCUGUGGAUCUCUCAGCACUGGCACAGUCAUCAGAUAAGGCACAGGUAUCACAGGUGGUGCCCUCUGGUAAUCACACAUGGCAAUUUUG